GGAGCGGCGCUCUUCUCCUCCUUCCCCUUAGCUCCGCGCCCUCCUUCCUCCUCUCCACUCGAGCCCGCUUGAAGUAUGAUUUGAAUCGGAUUAGCGAUCCUCUUGUUUUCUAUGCGCACCCCCUGAUCGACUUCAGCGACCGCAAUGUCCUUCCCUUAUUCCCAGGAUGCUCGUCGCCGCGGUGCCGGUACGGGCUUCAGCGCCACGGGUCGGCGAACCUUCAUGGGAUACUGGGUUCCUCUGGCCCUGACGGUGGGCGUCGCGACCAUCGGUGUUGCAGCCUGGAUCUGGAGCGAACGAAGUGAAGAUGAUGACGACGAUGAUAACCACCACCACCACCAACACAACCGCGAUUACCCCCACGAAGACGACAGGUUCCCCGCGCCCGGUCCGGCCGCUGGCGGGCCGGGCCUACCGCGCGACGCCUACGAGGAGGGAGACUAUGCCCGAGCGACGGGGACGGACAUCCACGGGGAGCAUCCGGACGAUGCCGGCGUCAUGGCCCGCAUGCAAGGUGCCUUGCGCCGCACGCCCAGUCCGCAGCAGCUCUUCGACGGGGCCAGCAAGCGAGUCGCGGCCGGCGUGGCGGCGGCAGGUGCGUUCGUCGGCGGUGCCUUGACAUCGAUCCGGGAGGAGGAUCGCCGCGACUUUGAAGACCAUUCUCGCUGGUCGGAAGAGGUCGAGAACAGAGCUUCUCGCGGCAGAGGGCAACAGCAGCCCGAUGUCACGGCUCCGUCGAUGAGCGGCGCUCUCCCCGGUCAAGUUGGCGUCGGUGGUCCGGCUGCCGGUGCCGAUAAGAGAAAGAGAACUGUGGCUAUUGUUGUUUCGUCGGAUGCGUCGCACCUGGAUCCUGAGGAGUUCUCGUCCGAGCAUGUGUCUAUCCUAUCCCAUCUUCCCGAACAUGUGAAUCCCGAUACCACUCGAAUCUUUGUGAUGAUCUACGCGCCGGGCCUGAAGCAUGCGCCUUCUCAGGGUAACGGAUCGCACCCCACGCUCUCCGUCACUUCAUCAUACUCGAACAUCGCCCCCGAGGAAGCUCAGUCUCUCGGUGAGCUCCCCUCGCCAGGCACUGUCCCGGCGGCAGACGAGCCCGAGGGUUCCACGCCGCUUUUCAAGACCAUGUAUACACAAGCCCAAGCCAUCGUUGAGAAAUCGAACGCGAUUAUGCCGUUCAACACCCGGACAGGAUACGUGCACCUCGUCCGUCACCUUUCGCCCGACAUUGUCUACGUACAGGAGUCUCUGGCGGGCAAGGAAGGAGAAGCAGUGCAUCACAUCUCCGGGUGGGUCAGACAAGUUGUGGUCGUCGUCGGCGACGAAGGUGGCCGAGGCGGCCUGGUCGACAGCGAAGACGAGUCGGCGCUUGGGGACAAAGGUGAGCCAUGGUGGCAAAAGGAGGGCACCACUGGGAUUGGCAAACGCAUCGACGUGGUCGACGCCCUCCGCACCGGGGAUGACUGGCGACGAAGAGUGUCUGGCUUUGACUAGAGCCUACGGAGGCAGUGUCGAUAAUGUGUGCAUGCUUUAGGGUCUCUAUGUGUAUUUUUUUUUCUGUCUUUUCCUUUCUUUCUACCUCCCCUUGUGGUCUUCUUGAUGAGAUUUGAUUCCCCUUGACUUUGUUUUUAUUUUAUGAACUCUGCCCACAACCUCUCAUGUUUUGUGCAUAUUGAAUGAUGAUAUUGGUGGUGCUUUGAAGAGAAAUGGACGAAGCAUUUGAGGGCGGGGUGAGCCUCAGCCUUGUAGUGAUGAAAGAGAUUUGAG